AUGACGGUGACGAUGCAGACACACGUAAAUCAAAUCAAGACGUCUCCACUGUCGCUUCGGGCCAAACCACAGACUUUAAAGACCCAUACAAAGAUCAAGACACAAGGCAAGAAGAAGAAGAAGAAGGAACCAGCCACGAGCGCUCUUGUGCUUGUCGCCAUUAUCUUUCUUGGUGUAUUAUUGACGCUUGUUGUCAUGGCUUUUUUUGCCUAUGCACCGUUACUGUGUGCAUCGUGGCUUGGUAUUAUGUACGUCAUUGUGCUCUAUCUCUCGACAGAAUCCAAUUGGCGGUGGCAUGACGCUCAAGAGUUUGAAAAUCGUUUCUGGACUGGGACUGCUUUUAUGUUUAGUGCUGGUGUUGUAUACAUUCGAGACUCACCACUUGCAGUGGGUCAAUGGAAUUCGACCCUUGGCCUUGUGCUUGUCUUUGGCUUUACAAUGAGCGUCCAUUAUUUUGACAGGUUUUUACACCGACAAGAGAUUAGUCGUAGACCGAGACUUAAAGAAGCUACAAGACAUUUCUCACAUAAGUUAUUCAAGUACAAGGCCACAGCAGAAGAAAAGACAAAUCUUCUUGUCGAGUGUGUAGGUCGCAUUGACCGCCACUAUUUACCCAGUACUAUUAAUAAUAUGAUCAAUCUCGCAGAAGUGAAGCGCCGUGAGCACAAGAUCUUUCGGAUUCUUGCUGGAGCAGGGAAGGACGAGCUGAAUUACGUGGUGAACCACAUCCCACUGGCGCUACUGUUCUACAAAGUUAAAGAUCACUCGAGAAUGCGCGAGGAUCAGAGUCGAACGCUGAUGCUCGACUUGCUCUGCAUCACGCGAUUAGCAGAUCUAUCAGUCAUGUCUCGAGCAUUGUUGCUGGACGCUCUGAUGGUGAUGAAGAUCAGUGCACACCCAAUGGCUGAAAAGUGGGUGCGCAAUAUUAUUUUAAAAACGCAAGGGGACGAUCUAAGUAAUCUCAAGACGUACACGGAUGCAAAGGGGGACUUUCAUAGUAUGCACAAACUGGUAUUUAACGAUAUUCGUGACCCGAUGAUUCGAGCUGACAUUCUGAGUCACAUCCAGCGCGAAGCAAGUGUGCAAAUUGCGCACAUGCGUCUCGGAACGAAACGCGGCCGUAGUCGGAAGCAGCAAGCGUGGCGCAAGGUACUUAGUGAUGUGGACGAUACGCUCUAUUCUUCAGGCGGACGGUAUCCAGCAGGCUUGGACACGCGCUACCCGCGACAUACGCUGUAUCCAGGAGUAUUGCCAUUUUAUCGCGAGCUGGACAUGGGCACGGUUGGUCCAGAUGACUGGACUGACGAACGUGUCGGCAAUCUUGUGUUUCUUUCCGCGCGACCACACGUGUAUAAGGAUAUGUCUGAGAAAAAGUCGUACGCAAAGUUUGCUGCAUUGCACGAAAAGAUGGGCAUGCACACGCUGCCUACGAUGCUUGCAGGUAAUCUGAAGUCAGGUCGUGCUUUUAUGUGGCAAGGUGACUUGGAGCCAAUGGCGCAAAAGAAAUUUGAAAACUUUAGCGAGUUUUACCAACUCUACCCGGAGUUUAAACACGUUUUUGUCGGCGAUAACGGGCAAGCUGAUCUGCGUGCCGCCGAGCUUAUUGUGGAGAAAUUUGGUUCUGAUGCUUUGGAGGCGGCUUUUUUUCAGCGCGUGCAGCCCAUGGAAAAAAUGUAUAACUACCACUCGAAAGAGGACUUGGAGCGUUGGCGCAAAAUGAAUAUAAUUUUCUUCGAUACGUACGUGGGUGCAGCAGUUGAGGCUUUUCGUAUGAAGAAGAUUCGACUUAGUGGGCUAAAGAAGAUUGCUGAUGAUGCUGGAUUGUCAUUCGAGAGUAUUCAUACGUGGCUUACUCCUCAAAGUCGCGAACGUGCAAGAUUGCUACUCAACCGUGAUCUCGCCAUGGCAAACGCGCUGCUAUCUAAGAAGUAUGAACCAUCACCUCUCGUUAUGAAGCCUCAAUUGUUUGCUCUAAACUUGCUUGUCCGCACUCCAAUUGGACGUGGCAUCAUUCGCAAAUUUCGUGGGACCGAUGGUAUCUAUCGAGUGGAUUUGACAGGAUGGCAGCCAGCAACAAGAAGUCAGAAACGAGUCCAAGCGUUUUUCACCGAAGACAGCCUCAAAGCUUACGUUAGUUCGGACAUAUCGCCUAUAGCGAACAGCUCUUUACAUUAUGUCAAGUUUUACCCACCACAACCACCUGUGCGACUUUUUGCAUCACACUCGCUGGUAAAAACACUGUUUGGUAUUGGUCGUGUACUGAGUUACCGCGCACAAGAUGGCAUUUACACAGUAUCUAUCCUCGGUGACCAGAACAUGCUGCAUAUGACGGCGUAUUUGAAGGGGGAUUCGCUGGAACCUGUGGAUGAUGCAUUCUUGAAGAGCUAUACAACAAACGGCUCAACGUCACCGCGAAUGUUUGCUGGAGUGCGCUCUGGUAUCGGCUUUAUUACGAAGAAGCUGAUCACAUUUGUACCUGGUGCUUCUGGCGUGAAGCCGUUGUUUGCGGUGGCGGGGGUUGUAAACUCGCCUUUUGGGCGUGGCGUGGUUGUCAAUUUUCGCGGAGAGGACCGUGUUUACGAGUUACGACUGUUGCGCAGCGAGUGCAAAACUCGAAGCGGUGAUUUGGCGUCACAUGUAAGUGCGUUUGUGCAAGAGCGGUACCUGCAACUCGGCCCUGUGCCACCUCGAAGCUUUUUAUCCAUGUUUGGAUUGCGUACAAGCAAGAACGCAGUCGUACCAGCGGUAGAACCUGUUCCGAUUGGCUCUCGUGUUACGACAAUAUACGGCAAGGGUAUCGUUUGCAGCUAUCGCUCAGCUGAUGAUGUCUACGCAGUUGCACUGACUGACUGGACUCUUGCCGACGGCAAUGACGUGAUGGCCUAUCUUACAAAAGACUUUGUCACUCCUGUUGAUGUGGCCUCGGAAGUCGAUGUAGUUACUACUAAGGAGGUAUCGACGGAGAGAAGAGUUCCUGCUCCUUCGGGAAGCGGUGGCAUUUUCCAGAUGUUCCGUUAUAGCUUUACGCCCUCUGAUGCGGGUACAGUUGAAGUAGUUGCCCCAUAUGCUGAUGAGGCUGGCGUCAAGCGUCAGAUUGAUACCGUAUUUGGUCUGGCCAAUACAGCCAUGAGCCAACCGUACCACGGGUGCCUUAAGGCUACUCUCCUGAAUUCUGAUUAUGAGGGGGCCGUUGUUUACGUCCAAGCAAGCAAAGUGAAGGAGAUUCCGGCGUCUUCAACGCGUGCAAGACGUAACACGCUCGAGUUACUGGCGAGCCCAUUUAGCUACCUACUUUCCGGUAAUGCGAGUGAUCUAGCUGAAACAACCGACAAGAAGACACUUUAUCCAAUGGGGUCAUUGGUAAUGACACCGUUUGGUGAGGGCACUGUACGAUUGCAUCGACGCACCGACGACAUUUACGUGAUAGAUUUGCCGUCAAUGCACGGUUUCUUUCAUGUGAGCAGCCUCCAGCGCCCUGUGCGUGGCAUAGUUGGGCAGCCAGUCGACACAAUCUAUGGAUCGGGGAUAUUGGAGCAGAUUCGCGAAGAGGACGGAGUGCACGUUGUAAUUCUACGGCUUGGCUUAACUACUUCAGAAGCUCGUGCGUACCUGCAUCCUCCUAACGUAAUUGGGACUAUCAAGGCAUCUCGUGGUGAUUUAGUGAUGACACCUUUUGGUUCGGGUGUCGUGAUGCAGUUUCGUUCGCACGAUGGCUAUUAUCGCGUGGCUUUGGACUGGGAUUCUGACGGGGAGAGCCACAUCUCGGCCUACAUCAGUGAGGACAGUCUCGUUCGCACCGGUUUAGUCGAUAAAAAUCCACCGGGUUGCAUCGUCAUGUAA